GCGCAGGCGCCUUCUGCGCUGUUGCUUGGCGGUGUCGCGGAGGUGUUGCGAACUUGCCAGGACGUGGGUGGUGGGUCGUGGGUUUGGAAACGCCGGGGGUCCCGUCCGCCUGGCUCCCGGCGCCCCACGUUUCCACGGCCUUGGGCGCGUCCUGGUCAGGCCCCUUCAGCCCCGCCCUGGGCGCGUCGUCCCCCGAGCCUCCCGCCCUCCGGCUCAUCCUCCUCAGGUUCUCCUCCUCCCGCCCCCGGCGCAUCCUCCUCGGGGCCCCCGGCCCGCCUCCGCCCCCUCCGGCCCCCUCCGUGUCCCUCCCCGUCCCCACCCGGUCCCGGCCCGCCUCCGCCCCGGGCCCCUCCCCGUCCCCACCCGGUCCCGGCCGGUCCUCCUCAGGCCCCCGGCCCGCCUCCGCCCCUCCGGCCCUCUCCGUGUCCCUCCCCGUCCCCGGCCCCACCCGGUCCCGGCCCCCUCCGCCCCCUCCGGCCCCUCCCCGUCCCCACCCGGUCCGGGCCCGUCCUCCUCGGGGGGCCCCCCGCCCGCCUCCGCCCACGGCAGGAUGGGCGACAACACCAGCCCCAUCAGCGUGAUUCUGGUGAGCUCGGGCAGCAGGGGCAAUAAGCUGCUGUUCAGGUACCCCUUCCAGAGAAGCCAGGAGCAUCCGGCGUCCCAGACAAAUAAGCCUCGUAGCAGAUAUGCCGUCAACAACACUGGAGACCAUGCGGACGACCAGGAUGGUGAUUCCAGCGAGCCAUGUCCUCCAACCGAUGAGCGAUUGGUUGCAGGGUUUUCGGAUGUCAUUCUGGCAACAAUUUUGGCAACCAAGUCUGAAAUGUGUGGCCAAAAAUUUGAACUGAAGAUUGAUAACGUGCGGUUUGUUGGGCACCCGACACUGCUGCAGCAUGCUCUGGGGCAGGUUUCCAAAACAGAUCCAUCUCCGAAGAGGGAAGCUCCCACCAUGAUUCUUUUUAAUGUGGUGUUUGCACUGAGGGCCAAUGCGGACCCGUCGGUGAUAAACUGUCUGCACACCCUUUCCCGACGCAUCGCCACCGUGCUGCAGCAUGAGGAACGCCGCUGCCAGUACCUCACGAGAGAGGCCAAGCUGAUCCUGGCGCUGCAGGACGAGGUGUCCGCGGUGGCUGAUGCAAAUGAUGGUCCUCAGUCCCCAUUUCAUCACAUUCUGCCCAAGUGCAAGCUGGCCAGGGACCUCAAGGAAGCUUAUGACAGCUUGUGUACUUCAGGCGUGGUGCAGCUCCACAUCAACAGCUGGCUGGAGGUGAGCUUCUGCCUGCCUCAUAAGAUCCACUACGCCGCUGCCAGCCUCAUUCCACCUGAAGCCAUCGAGCGCAGCCUGAAAGCCAUCCGCCCCUACCACGCUCUGCUGCUGCUCAGUGAUGAGAAGUCCCUGCUGGGCGAGCUCCCGCUCGACUGCUCCCCGGCCCUGGUGCGUGUCAUCAAGACCACAUCCGCCGUGAAGAACCUGCAGCAGCUGGCCCAGGAUGCAGACCUGGCCUUGCUGCAGGUUUUCCAGCUCGCGGCCCACCUGGUGUACUGGGGUAAGGCCAUCAUCAUCUACCCGCUGUGUGAGAACAACGUCUACAUGCUUUCUCCCAACGCCAGCGUGUGUCUGUACUCCCCACUGGCCGAACAGUUCUCCCGUCAGUUUCCAGCUCACGACCUGCCCUCCGUCCUUGCGAAGUUCUCCUUGCCCGUCUCCUUGUCAGAAUUCAGGAACCCCCUCGCGCCCCCUGUGCAGGAGACCCAGCUCAUUCAGAUGGUGGUGUGGAUGCUGCAGCACAGACUCCUUGUCCAGCUGCACACCUACGUGUGCCUGAUGGCCUCGCCCAGUGAGGACGAGCCCCACCCUCGAGAGGACGAUGUCCCCCUCACCGCCAGGGUCAGCGGCCGCAGCCUCAGCACACCUAAUGCGCUCAGCUUUGGUUCCCCAACCAGCAGUGACGACAUGACCCUCACUAGCCCCAGCAUGGAUAACUCCAGCGCGGAGCUCCUUCCCAGUGGGGACUCACCACUCAACAAGAGGAUGACGGAGAACCUGCUGGCCAGCCUGUCCGAGCACGAGCGGGCAGCCAUCCUCAGCGUGCCUGCAGCCCAGAAUCCCGAGGACCUCCGCAUGUUUGCCAGGCUCCUGCACUACUUCCGUGGCCGCCACCACCUGGAGGAGAUCAUGUACAAUGAGAACACACGGCGCUCCCAGCUGCUCAUGCUCUUCGACAAGUUCCGCAGUGUGCUGGUCGUGACCACCCACGAGGACCCGGUCAUCGCCGUCUUCCAGGCACUGCUCCCCUGAGGCCAGGCAGGCCGCUGCCCUCCAUGUUCUCAUUCUCAUCCGGCCCUUGAAACAGCCCCAGUGUCCGAGCUCCCAGCCGGAGGGAGUGUCCAGGACUCAGGCCUGCGUGCUUCCCACACACAGAUUCGGGCCGUGCGUCUCUCAGACCCUCCUCCCAACCCUGGCCUCGUUCCCUGGCCCCCUCCACUGCUGCCUUCCACACGGCCACCCUGGGCGAUACGCAGAAACGUGUCUGAGGCCAAGAGCGGACGAGAGCCCGGCCCGGCCCCCGCUACAGCUUUCGUGUUCGCCACCAGGAGGCUCAUGACCAGGCUGUCACCCGGCCCCUCUUUGACACCUGCCUCACAAGGGCUUGGCCUGGUCCACAUCUUGGGGGUGAGUCUGCCCUGGUGCCCCCCACCCUCCCUCACACAGGCCUGAGGAACAGUGCGUCCAGCCUCCCGCACACCCAGGGCCUCCGAGUCCUGUCCUGGAGGGAGGACCGACGGCAAGCACACGGCCACGAGGGCGGCUCUGGCGGAGAUACAAGCAAUACUGUUUUCUAGACAUGAAGCGUUUAUUUGGUUUUUAAACAAUUAAAAAGCCUUGUCGGAGCUGACCCUUGCUCAGGCCCGUGCGUUCUGCUCAGCUGCUCUGUCUACCACGCUGACCCAGGGGCUGCCCCGGACAUAAAAGCGCAGGGGCUUCUGGGCCCACUCUCCCGCACGGCCAACGCCCACUCGGGCUGCCGCCACCACGACUGGCUCACUGGACCCCGGGGGGCUGCGCUCCAACCACAUAGCUUUGUCCAUGGCCAGGUCCCGCUGGUCGAAGCUCUUGUCGAUGGCCAGGGCCUGGCACAGCUUGGAGGGGCCGCUGCACAGCUCGCGGUCUUUGAGGGCGCGGCCCGUGGCGCCCCUGCGGACGGUGCUGCGAAGCUGCCGCAUGGUCUCCAGGCCCCCCAGGGGCUCCAGCGCUCGCAGUAGGACACAUGCCCCAUCCCCUGUGGGACACACAGACAGCCUAGAAAGCUGAGCCUCCGCAGGCUGUUGCCCUCCCUACCCCGGGGCACGUCCAGUGCUGUGGAGGUGCUGAGCACCCCUGCGCUCAGUCUCCAGACGUCUGCUGCCUCCACCUUCUGCAGACUCGCACCUGCAAGGUGGGCUGUGCCCACGAGGCCCGAAUGCCUGACCACUAGCUAGGGAGAACCUAUUCUUUAAGAAGCGUGGUGGGUGCUGGUAGCCGGCCUCCUCCCCGGCUUCAUCUGGUUUGGUGGCUGGCAGCACCUGUGAGGCUGGCAAAGGAGAUCCCCGAGGGCCAGUCGUCUGUGAGCACGGUCACCCCACCACGAAGCAGGAAGCCUCAGGCCUGGGCCAGAUUCUGAGCCGGCCCCAGGGUACCCCAUCUGCCUUACCCGCUCGGGUAAGCUGGAACCUUCCAAGCUGGAAGGUCGGCUCAGAACAGCUACCGGUGUGCUCACGCUGCUGGGGGAGCCCUGCCCAGUGACACAGGGGGAGACCAUGCGGGAGGAGAUGCUGGCACACAGCCCCUCACUCCCUGGGAUCCCUUCUAGCCCUGGCCCUUUGCGUAUCAGUCCAAGCUGCUUCAAGUUUGUUUUCAGUCAUGUCUGCACCCAACAUGGGGCUCAGACUCACAACCCUUGAGAUCGAGAGUCACACGCUGCACCACCUGAGCUAGACGGGCGCCCCAGUCCAAGCUACUUUUAGAGACCAGAGACCGCAGACGGACACUCUGGGCCCCAGGGCUCACGCAGGAAGAAGCAUCUGCCCCAAUUCCCUCAGUCUUGCAUGGCUGGAGACAGUGAGGACCCUGGCCACGAGAACUCAGCCUCCAGCAAGGCUGCUCCCCUAACCGGGCCACCCCCCGCCACCCCACCGGGGGGUCUGAGAGGCUCGGGUGGCCAGGCCAGUUUCUGCUCUUGGACCUUGGCCACAAAGGUCUCCCCACUGGCAUCUGGGAGCCCCGAGGGGACACAGCAGCCAGGCCCUCUCAAGUAGCCAGCAGCUGACCAGAUGCCCCUUAACCAGCCUGUUCUCCAAGGACCUCAAGAUACACUCGGGGUACACAAAGCCUUGGAAGUUAGUUCCUGUGCCUCUGUGAUUCCUGGGCUCCUCAGCCCGCCAGCCUCAGGGCUCCCUGGGGGUGCCACACAUGUCCCUCACUGUCCUGCAGAGCCCCUACACCUGGGAUGGAGUGGCCUCCUCCUCCAUCCCUACACCCCUACGCUGGAAUGCAUCUGAGUCCCUCAUCCUGAUGAAAACACGACACCCUAACCUCUUCCUGCCAAGUCUCCCCGUCCUUACCUGCUGGUCCUCCGUCUACACCACCUGCCCUCCGGGUUGGUUCUGUGCCACCCCCACCCUGAGGGCAGGCAGGCAAUGACCAUGUCCUUGGCCUCCCCUCCCCUUCACUCUGCCCAGAUGACCCUUGGCCUUGACUGUGUGGGCCUGACCACCUGUGUGGUUUCCUGCCCCCGCACUGACUUGACCUGGAUGGUCACAUGGCCAUAAAGUAACGCACCACCUCCAAUGUCUGCCCUGUCCACUGUAUCUCCCCCCACAACCCCAAAAUCCUGGGCUUCUCCCCUUCCGUGUUGACCACAGCCCUGGGCAAUGCUAGACUCUUGAGUUCAGUCCCACUUCACAAGAGGGGGUUGGUUCUCUUGCCAAAGUAAAGCCAGACAACCAAAGUAAGCUCCCCAGAAUGGCAAGAGGACCCUACCAUCCUCUGAUGUCCAGUCACUCAGCUUCACUCAACACCUGCUUUGUUUUGGGCACAGGAUCAGUCGCAGGUCCCCUGUAGGCCCUUUAGCCCCUGUGGCUCUGACACUGGACGUGUCCAGCUGUCUCCUCGCUGCAAUCACAACUCCCAGGUCGUUGGGAGUCAUUCAACAAAUGUGUGUGACACACAAUAUACCAGACCCCAAGCUUCUUA